AUGAAUGAAAAUGAGAGAAUGGAACGUCAAGAUAGUUGGAGACAAUAGCGUUUUGCUUGACGUCGGGUUUUCAUCAUUUUGUAAUGGUGAUUUGUAUUGUUCGUCGUGGAUUUUAUUAUAACAUUUAAACAUUUAUUUUAGAUUAUCGCUGAUAUACAUUUUAAUUGACAAAAUACCUUGAUUAAAUAAUUGAAAAAAUGGUUCCUCAAAAUUUAAACAUGGUGGAUGAAAUUUUGAGGGCUAUACGCAUAUUUGUAGUGCAAAAAAAUGGAGAACUAUCUGAUAAGUUUGGUCGAAACAUAAAUUUGAUAUGUGAAAACGAUCCUCAGGGAAUGAAUAUGAAAAUAUUUACAGAUGACGAUAAUAUGAAUUCUUGUGCCCAAUAUCUGAUUACCAGCGAUACAAAUUCAGCGGCUCUUGGGGACCUAAGCCACAUUUUGAAUUUCGAGUUUGAAACUAUUUGUUUAAAGUUUGAAUCUCAUACAGAUUCACAAAAGUUUCGACGUUGUUUGAAUAAGAUUAAAAAACCACAAUCUGUAUUUUCAAUGAGGACAGAAGAGUCGUCUGCUUCGCAGUACUUCCAAUUUUAUGGUUACUUGAGCCAGCAACAAAAUAUGAUGCAAGAUUAUGUUCGGACCAGUACAUACCAAAAAGCGAUAUUGGGUAAUUCGAAUGAUUUUAAUGGGAAAGUAAUACUCGAUGUUGGAGCCGGAUCGGGUAUAUUAUCAUUUUUCGCCGUCCAGGCUGGCGCAAAUAAAGUGUAUGCUAUUGAAGCUAGCAACAUGGCGACGUUUGCACAACAGUUAGUUCAGGCAAAUCAAACUGAUGAUCGGAUUGUCGUCAUACCCGGCAAAAUUGAAGAAGUUGAGUUACCUCAAAUGGUGGACGUAAUUAUUUCAGAGCCUAUGGGCUAUAUGUUAUACAACGAGCGAAUGUUGGAGACAUAUUUACACGCUCGCAAAUGGUUGAAACCAGGUGGGAAAAUGUUUCCAAGUGAAGGUGAUCUGCAUAUUGCGCCCUUUACAGAUGAAGCACUUUACAUGGAACAAUACAACAAAGCCAAUUUUUGGUAUCAGAAAUCUUUUCAUGGAGUAAACUUGACAACAUUACAUGAAGAGGCGAUGCAAGAAUAUUUUCGCCAACCAGUUGUUGACACAUUUGAUAUUCGAAUUUGUAUUAGUAAAUCGAUUAAACACUCUGUUAACUUUUCAACGGCCAAGGAAACUGAUCUCCAUUUGAUUGAUAUCCCUUUGCAGUUUCAAGCUCUGCAAACUGGUAUUUGCCAUGGACUCGCUUUUUGGUUCGAUGUUUCUUUCAACGGAUCAGCACAACAAAUUUGGCUAUCAACUUCACCUAUUUCCCCCCUAACACAUUGGUAUCAAGUUCGUUGUUUGCUCCAAAACCCUAUUUAUGUCAGACAAGGUCAAACUAUCACAGGUCAAGCUCUGUUAGUAGCGAAUAAACGACAAAGCUAUGAUAUCACCAUAACUUUACGUGUUGAGGGAACAAACACGGCUUCAUCAAAUACUUUGGAUUUGAAAAACCCAUAUUUUCGCUACACUGGAGCCCCUACGCAACCACCCCAUGGAACUACAACCCAAUCACCAUCUGAAGCAUAUUGGUCACAUUUAGAUACACAACAAGCAUCACGCAACGGCACUCAAAUGUUCAAUUAUUAAUACAUAGUGUUUGUCACUUCAUUUUUUUUUAUCUUUUGACCCUAAUUGCGAAUGAAAACUUGAACAAUUUUAAUAAUAUACUUACUAGAUACAACAAUUACAAUUAAUGAUGAUAAGUUGAAGAAAAAUUAAAUUCAAACUCAAUAAUUCAUUCGAGAAAACUCUGCUCAUUCCUUGUCAGAUUUUUUGUUUUAACGGUAGGAUUAUUGAAAAUUUGAGUGUUUGAAAAACAGGUGCGUUUUAAUAAGAAUGUGGGCAAUUUUCAAUUUUGGCGAUUGUACGUUUAAUAUUGUCACCAAUUAAAUUUGGGAUGCAGAUUUUCUAUAAAUUUACUACUGAAACGAAUACUCUGAAGAGGACUCAGAAAAUAUUCUCUUUGUACUUUUAGUUUCCAUUUUUUAUUUUUAGAAUAAGUUCGAAGGCAACCUUGAUGUCACGUGAAGUUUGCUCUUCUAAGUAAAUCAAUCUAUUGUGGUUCUAAGUAAUGUGUCGAGUAUUGUAAACAGAUUCUGUUAGUUUAUAAGCAAAAUAUCCAAUUCAAAUUGAAAAUCCUCCUUUAUUUUUUGUUUAGAUAAAAAGCGAAUUUUCAUUUUUAGAAUGUCAUGACAAAAGCGUUUAGAAAAUGAAUAAAACUAAAAAACCGAAUAUUUUACGCA